AGCAUAUUUUCAUUCAUCCUCUUCCUGUGAUAAGGAAUUAGGGUUUUUCAAAUCUCUCAAUUUCUUUUAGUUCACGUAUAAUGAGAGAUUCCAGUUUGGAGAUUUUAGAUCAUACGGUGGUCAGGAACUCUGGCUAUUCGUCUGAAGUCGGUCGCAGCGACGCAGACUUUGGUUUUGCGUUCAACGAUAGCAAGUUUUCCGAUCGUCUUCUUUGCAUCGAGAUCGUUUCCGAGCCCCUAGGGUUUACACCAGAUGGAGAGGGUAGUAUCAGCCUGGCCACUUGGGAUCCAAAUCGUAAACGCCGUAGAGAAGAUAUUACUAGAGAAAACGUGUUCACAGCUAUAGACAUUGCUGCUGGAUAUUCAGAUGAACAGAGUCUCAAUCAUCCCGAUCAUUUUCUGAAUGAUAAUGGCAUGAACAAUGAAAACCAAGAUGAAGAAGAAUCACAUUCACCACUAGUUACAAGAGUUAAAACCAUACAUAUUAGCUCCCCAAUUUUAGCUGCAAAGAGUAUAUUCUUCUACAAGCUCUUUUCAAACGGGAUGAAAGAAUCAGAACAACACAAUGUAAACCUGCGAAUCAAUGCCUCGGAGGAAGCUGCCUUCAUGGAACUCCUGAACUUUAUAUACAGCAAUACCUUGACAUCAAAUUCUGCUCCUGCUCUUCUUGAUGUUCUAAUGGCUGCUGACAAAUUUGAAGUCUCUUCAUGCAUGAGACACUGCAGUAGCCUGUUAAGAAAUCUACCUAUGACAACUGAAUCAGCAUUACUUUAUCUUAAUCUUCCUUCCAGCGUUUCAAUGGCUGAAGCAGUUAAGCCAUUAACAGACGCUGCAAAACAGUUCUUAAUCGUCCGCUACAAAGACAUAACCAAGUCUCAAGACGAGAUUCUCAAUCUACCCCUUUCCGGGUUCAAGGCGAUUUUGUCGAGCGACAACCUACAGGUGCCAUGCGAGGAUGCAAUUUACGAUUUUGUCCUCAAGUGGGCCCGGAUUCACUACCCGAAGAUGGAAGAACGACGUGAAAUUUUAACAACACGUCUCGCAAAAUGUAUCCGGUUUCCUUACAUGACAUGCAAAAAGCUGAGAAAAGUCAUGACAUGCGACGAUUUCGACCCUAAAUUCGCACAAAAAGUCGUACUCGAAGCCCUCUUUUUCAAAGCAGAAUCCGAAUCCGAAACCCCUGACAAGAACCCUAAUCUCCCACGGGCCUACAAGAUUAGGCCCGUGAAGGUGAUUGGGUUCAAUCUGACACGUCAGCAAUGCAUUGUGUACGUGGAUUUAAAACGUGAGGAGUGUGUGAGUUUGGUUCCUUCGGGAACGAUUUACACGGAAGUGUUUCAUUUAGGGGGGAAAGGUUUUAUUUUGGCUGCGCGUGUCAUGGACCAACAAAAUUUGGGUCACUGUUUUGGGCUUUUUUUGGCGACGCAGGAAAAAAUGUUGGGCUCGUUUGCAGUGGAUUAUGAGUUUGGGGCCCGGUCAAAGCCCAAUGAGGAGUAUGUUAGUAAGUAUAAAGGGACGUAUGAUUUUAUUGGGGCCCGGUCAAAUGCUGUUGGGUGUAAGAAUUUGUUUGGGAUACCUUGGAAUUCUUUUAUUGCGGAGGAAAGUGUUUAUUUUAUUAAUGGUGUUGUUCACCUUAGGGCACAGCUUACUAUUAGGCAAUCAAAAUAAAAAAUUUAUAUAGAUAACUGAUCAUGUGAAUGUGUGCAUAUGUUUUUUUGGUUAUUAUUAGUUAGAAUUAUCCGUUAUGGUAUAAAAUUUUGACUUGUUGGAUUUGUGAAGAAAAUAUAACACAAUAUAUAUAAUACAAACG